AUGGAGGACGGUAUCUACGUGCCCCCCGACCUGACGCCGGAGGAGCGGCUGGAACUGGAGAGCAUCCGGCGGCGGAAGCAGGAGCUCCUGGUGGAAAUCCAGAGGCUGCGGAAUGAGCUGAGCGAGGCCUUGAGCGAAGUGGAGGGCUUGGAGGCCAAUGAGGGCAGUAAGACUCUGCAGCGGAACCGCAAAAUGGCCAUGGGGAGGAAGAAGUUCAACAUGGACCCCAAGAAGGGAAUCCAGUUCCUGGUGGAGAACGAGCUUCUUCGUAAUACCCCAGAAGAGAUCUCCCGCUUCCUGUACAAGGGCGAGGGGCUCAACAAGACCGCCAUCGGGGACUACCUGGGGGAAAGGGAGGAACUGAACCUUGCCGUCCUCCACGCCUUCGUCGACCUCCAUGAGUUCACGGAUCUCAACCUGGUCCAGGCCCUGAGGCAGUUCCUGUGGAGUUUCCGGCUCCCCGGGGAGGCUCAGAAGAUUGACCGGAUGAUGGAGGCCUUCGCCCAGCGCUACUGUUUGUGCAACCCGGGUGUCUUCCAGUCCACAGACACCUGCUACGUGCUCUCCUUCGCCGUCAUCAUGCUGAACACUAGCCUCCACAACCCCAACGUGCGUGACAAGCCCGGGGUGGAGCGUUUCAUCACCAUGAACCGGGGCAUCAACGACGGUGGGGACCUGCCAGAGGAACUGCUCCGGAACCUGUACGACAGCAUCCGCAACGAGCCCUUCAAGAUCCCCGAGGAUGACGGCAACGACUUGACCCACACGUUCUUCAAUCCGGAUCGUGAGGGCUGGCUGCUCAAGCUGGGGGGCCGGGUCAAGACUUGGAAAAGGCGUUGGUUCAUCCUAACAGACAACUGUCUGUACUACUUUGAAUACACUACGGACAAGGAACCCCGAGGCAUCAUCCCCCUGGAGAACCUCAGCAUCCGCGAGGUGGAGGAUCCCCGGAAACCGAACUGCUUUGAGCUGUACAUCCCCAACAACAAGGGGCAGCUUAUCAAGGCCUGCAAGACGGAGGCCGACGGGCGGGUGGUGGAGGGAAACCACAUGGUCUACCGCAUCUCGGCCCCCACGCAGGAGGAGAAGGACGAGUGGAUCAAGUCCAUCAAGGCGGCCGUGAGCGUGGAUCCCUUCUACGAGAUGCUGGCAGCGCGCAAGAAACGGAUCUCUGUCAAGAAGAAACAGGAACAGGCCUGA